GGGCAGGGGCAUGACGUGGGCAGGGGCAGGGCUGGCCAGAGGUACAGUUCCAGUGCUGGCUGCCUGGUCCUUGCCUUGGUAUGUAUUCUUUGCUAGACCCUCCCUGAGCCUCAGUCACCCCUGCAAUGAGAAUGGUUUUGUACAGGCUGAGGAGGACUUGGAGGACAGGGAAUCUUCUGAGCCCCUGCACUGCCUCUUUUCUCCCUCCCACUCCCAGUCAAACAGGACUCCAACCACACAAUCGGCGUGGAGUUUGGAUCUCGUGUGGUCAACGUGGGUGGGAAGACUGUGAAGCUACAGAUUUGGGACACAGCCGGCCAGGAGCGGUUUCGAGGGGGGCAAUCUCAGGGCAGACCCCAGCCUCGGGGGUGACUGGGUCCCCCUGGCCCCACAGGUCGGUGACACGGAGUUAUUACCGAGGCGCGGCUGGAGCUCUGCUGGUGUAUGACAUCACCAGCCGGGAGACCUACAACUCGCUGGCUGCCUGGCUGACGGAUGCCCGCACGCUGGCCAGCCCCAACAUCGUGGUCAUCCUCUGUGGCAACAAAAAGGACCUGGACCCGGAGCGUGAGGUCACUUUCCUGGAGGCCUCCCGCUUUGCCCAGGAGAACGAGCUAAUGUUCCUGGAGACUAGUGCCCUCACGGGUGAGAACGUGGAGGAGGCUUUCCUGAAGUGUGCCCGCACCAUCCUGAACAAGAUCGACUCAGGUGAACUCGACCCCGAGAGGAUGGGCUCAGGCAUUCAGUAUGGGGACGCAUCCCUCCGCCAGCUGCGGCAGCCUCGGAGUGCCCAGGCCGUGGCCCCUCAGCCCUGUGGCUGCUGAGACGUCCGGAGCCAGCUCACCUGUUCUCCAGGACCAGCCCUGCCCUCUGGCUGGGGCCUAGCCCCAGGCCCUGGGAGGCAGAGCCCCUCACCUGUCCUGGCCCCAGAGAAGCUGCCCCGCCACCUAUCCCCCUUCCCUGGCCUGGUGGGGCCUGGCUGAGGGGCAAGACUGAGCCACGGGGGAAGGGGGAAUCCGUACCUGCUGCUGCUUCCUCUGUCUUGGCUAACCCCUGUCCCCCCUGAAACCCUAACCAUACUCUAAGAGUUCCCAAAGCCUGAGACCAGGGCAUUUGGCCCCAGCUUCCUGCCUGGCCCUGCCAUUGCGAGUAUGUGUUAUUUAUUGCCUGGAGGCCUGUUCAGUCCCUACUCCACCUCCAUAAAGCAUUGUUUACA